GACGCUUAACCGACUGAGCCACCCAGGCGCCCCUGUUCUCAGUUUUCAAGAGUUUCUUAUGCUUUGGCUCUGUCCCCCUCUAACCUCUUACAUUUACUUAUUUUUUGAGAGAGCACAAGUUGGGGAGGGGCAGAGAAAGACGGAGACACAGAAUCCGAAACAGGCUCCAGGCUCUGAGCUGUCAGCACAGAGCCCAACGCGGGGCUCUAACCCACAGACCGCGAGAUCAUGACCUGAGCCGAAGUUGGACGCUCAACCAACUGAGCCACCGAGGCGCCCCAACCAGUGGCUACAUCUUAAUGCAAUGGCACCUCUGGCCGUUUCUCCUUCCGUGCAAAAUGAACAGCCAGGUGCACUGCUGGAAGUUCUGUCCUCUGGGAGGAUUUCCUUUAUCACUAUCCUUGAGGGAUGUCCUGGGGAGGGAUGUCGUACUGCAGCCGUCCCUUUUAGGUGGUGCCUUAUGUUGUACAGAAUCCUCUGUAAACGCAGCCCCACUUUUCUCUUCUUCAUUCCCCUGGUGGUGGGGAACUUCCCACGUGGUGAUAGGUGUGGGCUGCCUGCAAAGAUAAUGUAGCAGAAACAGGGGCUGUGGGCACUUGGACACUUCUUCCUAUGACUGACUUGUGCCUCCAGGGCCUGUGCCAUCUCCAUCUCGUACGUACAAUUUUCAUUUGAUGAUGGAGUACUGGCGUGAAUAUCCAACUUUAUGACUUAGUGGGUCACACGGUUGAGGUCUUGACAGGCAGCUCAUUUCACGUGGUAACUAGUUGCCCAUCGUUAAGCGUUAGUAGCCCAGUAGCAAGCCAAAAUCUGUUUCUCAGAAAGAGGAACUGACUUUGUCGAAAACUCUAAGGGUCUGUACUGUGAUUAACCUAUAUGGGCUUGCCAAAGGCUCCAGACAGCAUCUCCCUCUGUUCUGACACUUCAAGUACCAUUGGAUCUGCUGGGUCAUGUGCCCAAGUGGCAGAGCAGCUGGCAGGGCGGCCUGACGUGGUGGAGAGCCUUUUUUUCUUCUGGGCCAUACUCAGAACUAUAGCUUUUUGGAUCAUUUGAUGUGAUGGAUAAGUUUUAUUUGGCUAGGGUAUGGUGCCCAGUUGUUUGGUCAAACACUAGUGUAGAUGUUGGUGUGAAGGUAAUUUGUGGAUAUAACUCUGUAAAGGAGAUUAUUGUGCAUAAUGUGGGUGGGCCUCAGUCCAAUCAGUUGAAGGCCUUACUAGCAAAAACUGAGAUUUCCCAGAAAAGAAGGAGUUCUGCCUCAAGAUUACAUUAUAGAAAUCUUGCCUGAGUUUCUAGUGUGCUGUUCUGUGCUACAGAUUUUGGAAUCAAGACUUUGAUAUUAACGUCUGAGUUUCCUGCCUGGUGGCCUGUACUACAAAUUUCAGAUGUGAUGUGCCAGCCUGUGCAGCUGUGUGAGCCAGCUCCUUAUAAUUACUCUUUUACUAUGUACUUUUCUCCCUCCCCCUUCCUCCCCCAUGUAUGUGUUAUCUCUCUCUCUCUGUGUAUAUAUAAUACAUAUACGUGUGUGUGUGUGUGUGUGUACACACACACAUAUAUAUAUAGUCCCAUUGAUUCUGUAUUUUUAAAAAAUCCUGAUUGAUACACUUGGUAGAUGGGCUGGAAUAGCACACCCAAAUGGGGAGGGGAAUAUGUUGCCUGUAAAAUCUAAAGAGGCCCACGGAAUGCUCCCUCUAUUUGCGUGUGGGAGGGGCCAGAUGCAACACCUUCUCCUUUACCUUAGAAGGGGUAUCUUGACAUGCCCCACACUCUGGACUCCUAGAAAUUAAUUUCAAUUAAGUGGAAGACCCCUGAAUAUUUUUCCAGUUUAUUUACCACCCUCUGACAUGCAAAUCUUUUAGCAGUAAGUCUGGGGUAGUUGCUGCUUCUUGCUCAUGAGAUCCAAUUAGCAACGGACCAGUGUGAUAUCUUGUAUAAGGGGGAGGCUGUCAAGGUCCCUGAAAAUUAAAUUUUGACUGAGAUCAUAGAGCUCUGGAGAGUUGAUAUACCUCUGAGGUGGGACAACUGCUGGACUUGCCAGCUGAAAACGGACUGCUUCUGAUAGAUUUUGUUAAUACUGAGAAAAAAGCGCUUGUAAGAUCUGUAUCUGCAUGUAUCUGUGUUAAUUUAUUCAGGUGGUGAAACCGCAUCUGGUAGAGCUGCCUCAAUUGGAGCCAUCACUGUUACGCUUGUGAUAAUCCACUGUCGUUCUCUAAGAUCUAUCUAUCUGUUUUCAGCACAGGCCGCAUAGUGAGUUGAAUGUUGAUGUGGUGGGAAUCUCCACCUCUGCUUUCCUUAGGUCCUUGAUGGUGGCACUAAUCUACGUUCCCUCCCUGAAAGCAGUAUUGCUGUCGGCUUACUCUUUUUUUAGGUGGAGGCAGUUCUAGUGGCUGCCAUGUGUCCUUUCUUGUCUUACUAGUCCUCACUCCACAGGUCUGGAAAACAGUGUGGGGAUCUUGCCAGUUGCUGAGUAUGUCUGUUUCAGUUAUGGAUUCUGGAAUUGGGAAAAUAACCAAAGGAUGGAUGCAGGGGACCCGCUGGACCCAUUGUGAUGUGGAUGUGAGCUACAACUCCAUUGAUUACCCGACUUUCAUAAUCCCCUGCUCUGACACAUGGACUGCAGUGAAAUUUUGUCUCUUGAAAUUAGUGUCAGUUCAGGACCAGUGUCCAAAGUCCCUGAAAAAGUCUAAUUAUUUCCUUUUCUCAAUGCAGUCAUCCUGGUAAAAGUCUGUACAUCCAUUUGGGGGAAGGCUGGGAGGAAAGAUUAACUGUAUGAAGUUUGGCUGUUUCACAGGGUCCUUCCUCAAGAGGACCUAUCUUCCCCUUUAUUUCAAGGGGUUUUGAGUCUGUAAACCGGCUCAAGUGUAGGAAUUUUUGAGGGGUCAUGAUUUUGUUUUGGUAAUUCAGGUUCACUGGACCUAGAAUUCUUUUGCCUAUAUAGAUCAAGUAACAAGUUAGUAGAUGGCCCAUCUGUUUUCUCUUCUAGAGGCCCCAUGAUCAACUAGUGAAUGUCUUAGGUCUCUGAGGUAGACUAAUCUGUUUAUCGUUUUCACUCUGCUGUCCAUUGUGGUAACCAUGUCUGUCUUGUAUUUGGCAAUUAAAUAUUGCCACCUAGCCCCUGACUCCCCAGGAUCCAGUUGUCCCCAUUGCAUGUAAGGACCCUAGUUCAGGGGUGGCAGUUCCCACUGUAACCUCUGACCUGCAGAGAGGAGCAACCAUGCUGAGGCUCACCACAUACAUUUAUUUGUCAUAGUUCAGGUGCAAGGUAUGUUCUCUGGAUCCUCCUGGGGUGGGUGAACAGGUUUUCCAUGAGAAAACCAUUUCAACAUUCCAAUUUCUCCAAGCCUUUGGAUGUCUUCUUCUACAUUAUGCCAAGGCAGUUUUGGCAUUUUGACUUCACUUAAUGUAGGCCACCUUUUGGUCCAUGUUUCAGCCAACCAACCAGUCAAAUCACUAGAGCUACUACAACCCCCUGAGCUAUAAGAUUGAAUCUAGAAUCUCUGUUUAGUGUUCUCAUAUUAAUAAAUUUGGCCACAUUCAACUUAAAAAAAUUUUUAGUGUUUAUUUUUGAGAGAGAGCGGGGGAGGGACAGAGAGAGAGAGGGGGAGACACAGAGUCUGAAGCAGGCUCCAGGCUCCACACUAUCAGCACAGAGCCCAAUAUGGGGCUCAAACCCACAAACCCUGAGAUCAUGACCUGAGCCAAAGUUGGAUGCUUAAGCGACUGAGCCACCCAGGCACCCCAGCCACAUUCAAUUUUAUUUUUUCCAUGUUAUCCCACAUCCUUGAUAUCAAAUCCUAUUCAUAUCCCCCAGGUUUCCUUUCUAUAUAAAGUGGGAAAAUUGUGAAUUCUAGUGUAUCUCCUGGGGGUAACAUUGUAUACCUCAUCUUUUGGGACCAGCUGGGUCUUGAAUCUAGUUACAGGUCUAGAAGAAAGGGUGAAUGGAGGUCCUCAUGAGAAUCUGUUGUCUUGCAAGGUGAGGCCAUUACAGAUUCUUCAUGCAAAACAGAGUUCAUCUCAGUUAAGUGUAGAAGGUCUGAUUCUACUAGCAAAGAAGAUCCUGCAGAAUUUAGAGGUUCAGUGUCCCCCACUUCAUUGAGAUCUGGCUACAUGUUUCCAUUCCAAUUUUCAGGAUCCUGUUUCUUCCUAAUGAGUACCCGUACUUUAACAGACAAUAUUGUGUGAAGUUAGAAAUUCAAUUUUUGUUGUAAUUCAGCCACUCACAGGAAGACACUUUGGGUUUGAUUUUCAGACAUCUCAGCUUUCAGGUUUUGGUAGAUAAAGAUCUCUGUCAGGGCAGACAGAAAGAAAUGUCAUUUAUGUGGCAUUUGAACUGGGCAUAUGAAGCCUUGAGCUUAUCUUUUUAUUUCCUACUUUAUCCAAAGUUAGGAGUCACCACUAAUGCCAUUAUAAUCCUUAGUUUGAUAAAUGUUCUAAGGUGUCAUUUGCAUGUUCACCCAGAACCUUGCUUUUUAUAAGUAUUUGUUCAAGAGUUAUCCAAGGGUUAUUGUUCAUACAUCUCUUGCUGCGUCAUGCCGUGCACUGCUGGUGUUUUCUUUACCUUGUUAUUGGAAAUAGAGUCAUUAGUGCCUUUAAAUCUAAUCAGAGUAGAGAAUCUGCUGCAGAAACCCCAGAGCCAAUUCAGAAAAUUCAUCCUUAAAAUUCUGAUCCUCUAAAACUAUUCUUGGUUUCCAAAUCAGUGUUAAGGUUCUUAAGAGAAACAGAACAAUUAUGUAUGUGUGUACACACACACACACACACACACACACAGAUAUCUUUUAAGAAAUUACCUCAUGAGAUUAUGGGGACCAGCAAGUCAAAUAUUAUUUGUAGGGCAGGUGGAAAAGUCACCUUGAUCCACCAUCAGGUCAAGAAAUAGAAUCCCACCAACACUUGUAGAAACUCCCUCUCCUGCAUUCCCUCUUAAUCAUGACCUUUCCUCCUGCCAGAGGUAACAUUAAAUCUUCUGUGGUAAUGAUUUCCUUUCUUUUUGCUUUUAUUUGUGUAUGUAUAUUUAAACACUAUUAUUUAUUUGUGUCUUGAUCUGUAUGUUAAUAGAAUCAUUGUAUUUUUUGUCUCUUGCUUUCACUUGACACAAGUGGGAGUUUUGUUCAUUUCGUUGUAUGUAAUUACAGUUCAUUCUAGUGGAAUUCUACAAUAUUCAGUUAAAAAUUUUUCUUUAAUGUUCUAUUUAUUUUUAAGACAGAGCAUGAGUGGGGAUGGGGCAGAGAGAGAGGGGGACACAGAAUCUGAAGCAGGCUCCAGGCUCUGAGCUGUCAGCACAGAGCCCUACGCGGGGCUCAAACUCACAAACUGUGAGAUCAUGAACUGAGCCGAAGUCAGACGCUUAACCAACUGAGCCACCCGGGCGCCCCUGUAGUGUUCUAGUUUUAAAUACUCCACAGUUUAAUCAGUUUUUCUAGUGGAUGCUUUGUUUGUUUCUAGUUUUGGCCUUUUAUGAACAAUGCUUCUGUGAAUGUCCCAGCAUUGCACAUCUGUGUGAGUUUCUCAAGGAUCCCUGCCUGUCACUGAGUCCGCCAUGUUUCACAGAAGAUGAUCGAUUCAGCCUGGAAGCUCUUCAGACAAUCCAUAAACAAAUGGAUGAUGACAAAGAUGGUGGCAUUGAAGUAGACGAAAGUGAUGAAUUUAUCAGAGAAGAUAUGAAAUAUAAAGAUGCUACUAAUAAACACAGCCAUCUGCACAGAGAAGAUAAGCAUAUAACUGUUGAGGAUUUAUGGAAACAGUGGAAAACAUCAGAAGUUCAUAAUUGGACCCUUGAAGACACGCUUCAGUGGUUGAUAGAAUUUGUUGAACUACCCCAAUAUGAGAAGAAUUUUAGAGACAAUAAUGUCAAAGGAACAACGCUUCCCAGGAUAGCAGUGCAUGAACCUUCAUUUAUGAGCUCCCAGUUGAAAAUCAGCGAUCGGAGUCACAGACAAAAACUUCAGCUCAAGGCGCUGGAUGUGGUUUUGUUUGGACCUCUAACACGCCCGCCUCAUAACUGGAUGAAGGAUUUUAUUCUCACAGUUUCUAUAGUAAUUGGUGUUGGGGGGUGCUGGUUUGCUUACACACAGAAUAAGACAUCAAAAGAACAUGUCGCAAAAAUGAUGAAAGACUUGGAGAGUUUACAAACCGCAGAGCAAAGUCUCAUGGACUUACAAGAGAGGCUUGAAAAGGCACAGGAAGAAAACAGAAACGUUGCUGUAGAAAAGCAAAAUCUAGAGCGCAAAAUGAUGGAUGAAAUCAAUUACGCAAAGGAAGAGGCCUGUCGGCUGAGAGAGCUAAGGGAAGGAGCCGAGUGUGAGCUGAGUAGAAGGCAGUAUGCAGAGCAGGAACUGGAACAGGUUCGAAUGGCACUGAAAAAGGCUGAAAAAGAAUUUGAACUCAGGAGCAGCUGGUCUGUCCCAGAUGCACUUCAGAAAUGGCUUCAGUUAACACAUGAAGUAGAAGUACAGUACUACAAUAUUAAAAGACAAAAUGCUGAAAUGCAGUUAGCUAUUGCUAAGGAUGAGGUUGCUUCUUCAUAUCUGAUUCAGGCAGAGAAGAUUAAAAAGAAAAGAAGUACAGUCUUUGGGACUCUGCAUGUUGCACACAGCUCCUCCCUAGAUGAGGUAGACCACAAAAUUCUGGAAGCAAAGAAAGCACUCUCUGAGUUGACAACUUGUUUACGAGAACGACUUUUUCGCUGGCAACAGAUUGAGAAGAUCUGUGGCUUUCAGAUAGCCCAUAACUCGGGCCUCCCCAGCUUGACCUCUUCCCUGUAUUCUGAUCACAGCUGGGUGGUGAUGCCCAGAGUCUCCAUUCCACCCUAUCCAAUUGCUGGGGGAGUUGAUGAUUUAGAUGAAGACACGCCCCCAAUAGUGUCACAGUUUCCUGGGACCAUGGCCAAACCCGCUGGGUCGUUAGCCAGAAGCAGCAGCCUGUGCCGCUCCCGCCGCAGCAUCGUGCCAGCCUCUCCGCAGUGUCCACGCGCACAGCUUCCUCCGCACGCCCCUCACCAGGUCCACGCCCGGCAUCCCCAGCACCCUCAGCACCCACAGCACUCCUUGCCUUCCCCGGACCCCGAUAUCCUCUCGGUGUCAAGUUGCCCUGUCCUUUAUCGCAAUGAGGAGGAGGAGGAGGCCAUAUACUUCUCUGCUGAAAAGCAAUGGGAAGUACCAGACACGGCUUCAGAAUGUGACUCCUUAAAUUCUUCCAUUGGAAGGAAACAGUCUCCUCCCUCAAGCCUGGAGAUAUACCAGACAUUGUCUCCUCGCAAGAUAUCGCGGGAUGAGCUCUCUCUAGAGGAUUCAUCCAGAGGAGAGUCCCCGGUAACUGCAGAUACCUCGCGGGGCUCUCCUGACUGUGUGGGUCUGACGGAAACGAAGAGUAUGAUCUUCAGUCCCGCCAGCAAAGUGUACAAUGGCAUCUUGGAGAAAUCCUGUAGCAUGAACCAGCUCUCUAGCGGCAUCCCGGUGCCCAAACCUCGCCACACAUCCUGUUCCUCCGCUGGCAACGACAGCAAAGCAGUUCAGGAAGCCCCACACGUCGCCAGGAUAAGCAGCAUCCCACACGAUCUUUGUCAUCACGGAGAGAAAAGCAAAAAGCCAUCAAAAAUUAAAAGCCUUUUUAAGAAGAAGUCCAAGUGAACCGGCUGACUUGAUGGAAUUCGUUCAAGGGGCGUCUUUAAACUGUUACCUCCCAUCCUCCACCCCCUCCCUUUUUUUUGUUUUAAUUUUAGGAAUGUAACUCCACUGGGGCUUUCCAGACUGGAUGCCACAGUGGAGUGUCCUAAGGGCAACUGUCUACUGUCUGCUUAUUUAAAUGACUAUAUAAUCAGUUCAUCAAGCCAGUUAUUACUGAGAAAUCAUUAAGAGAUGAGACAGUUUACAGUCAUUUCUGCCUAUUUAUUUCUGCUUUGUUAUUAGUGAUGUAUAUACAACAUUUUGUUGAAAGCCACUAUGGACUUACAAGCUUUAAUGGACUAGUAAGCCAGCAUGGGCUUGCAAAAAGUUCUUGUUUACCACACCAUCUUCUUAUCUUUCCACAGAGCUAUUUACAUCCUGGACUAAAUAACUUAAAGUAAAACUAAUUGCACUACCGUUUUCCAGACUGGAAAAAAAAAAAAAAAUCUCUGCAAGUGAAACUGUAUAGAGUUUAUAAAAUGACUAUGGAUAGGGGACUGUUUUCACUUUUAGAUCAAAAUGGGUUUUUAAGUAGAACCUAGGGUUUCUAAAUGACUUGAUUUCUGGAAAUGAAAACCCACGCUUUUAUUAUGGGAAGCUUCUUUAAAUGCAUUUAAUAUUAUAAAGUUUCAAGUCCUGCUGUAAAGAUCAUGUUGUUUUGUUUUUCCCAGGGCUUUCACUGUGAUUUACUGCAUUGCAGGCUGUAUGAUAAAAUAUAAAUAAUUUAGGGAGAGAAGGCUCUUGAUUCCUUACACAUGUGCAAGAGUUAAAACUUGAUUGAAGGACUUAAACAUUCACAAGCUUAAGCUGAGGUUGGGGACGUGGGGAUUCGAGCACUUGUUUACAGACUUUGAAUAACAUCAAAGAAGUUAUGGUUUGUGAAGAAUUUGUACUGUGGAAAAGAUAAUAAAUUGGAGACAUUAUUUUGUGGGACUGUGUUGAUUUUUGUUGAUAACACUCCACUGAAAACACUAUACAUUUUCUGGAGAGCUCAGUAAGCGGUCUUGUUGCUUAAUUGCACUAUAAGAAAUAGUGAUUUGGAAGUUGUCAACAAGUUUCUUUCCAUUUUAUAUUGUUUGUCAUACUUUUAUGUAGUUUGAAAUGUUUAAAUGUUCUAAUAUCAAGAUUAACAAAUAUAAAUUUAUGGUGCAUUUA